AUGUGUUCAGCUCUACAGCAGGAUGUUCAGGUGAAGCUUGGAGAUAACGUCACUCUCCAGUGUCAGAUUACCACAGAGGAAAUAAUCUCAGUGCUGAAGUGGAGCAGAGCUGACCUGAACACAGACGGCUACGUCUACUUCUACAGGAACAAACGCUCCUAUGAAAACUACCAACAUCAAUCUUUUCAUGGCCGAGUGAAGCUGAGGGACCCGGAGAUGAAGGAUGGAGACGUUUCUCUGAUCCUGAAGAACGUUACGUUUAAUGACACUGGGAUUUAUGAGUGUCACGUAGCUGUGAGGAAAUCUGGGAGAAGUAAAAGAGCUCACACUGAGAUCAGUCAUUUCAUCAACCUCACAGUCACAGGUGAAACACAUGAAAGCGUGAGGGAGCUGGAUGGUGUGAAAGAAGAAGAGGCACAGAGAGAUGUGGAUGACACAUUAGAGGUGGGAACUUCAACCACCCUGAAAGUCGCUGUUGCUGCUGCUGUCGGUGCCGCUGUACUUGGUUUUGCGGCACUUUGGAGAUUUAAAAGAAGCAAGAGUCACCUCACUGAGGCGGACAACCAGUCAGAGGUGUGAAACCUUCUGUUAUCACCACAGCAGCGAUCUGGUGUCUCUGCAGGAUCAAUAACCUUUGUCUCACUGGGUCUUCUUUUGCUUUUGUGGUUCUGUCGGUUGGACUGACAGAAAAUGUGAGUUGGUAAAGUACAAAGAACAAAAAAAACUUGACCUCAGGACUCAGUGUUUGCCUGUAAGCUUUAUACAGCUGUCUGUUUCACUGUGAAGUACAAAUAACAUGAUUUAAUACCUCAAU